GAUUCGUCUUCACUUGCAAACGGAACGGUGCUCGGUGGCAGCGUAGCGAAAAGUUUUUUUUUUCUAAUCGUACUCGGUUCCGUCGGGAUCAGGAAAAAUCGACCCUUUCCUCCGCAGGGGAAUAUCGCGUUCCGGUGGUCGUCUUGUAUGCGGUCAUCGAAAUCUGUGCAGUGAUACGACCGAUUCGAGUUUGAUUCUCUUGCUUGGGUGGCAGUGCGUGGAAAACGGUUCCCAUCAGCAGUCAGUGAGGAGGAGAAAAGUGUAAGUGCAGACGCCUUCAGCUUCAACACUGGUGGAUGCCGAUAAUCGCAACCUGAGAAAUUGCACAACCGAGACCAGACGGACGCAUUUAGCUGUAGAUUCUCGCAUAAUCGUUCAACGAUCAUGAUGAUGGCCGUGGUGAAACGGCGGCGAUGAUGACGACGAAGGCGUUGAAGACAGGAGUGGAGUAGCAGUAGAGGCCGUCAGUAUCAGCCAGCAGACGAAAGAAACCCAAAUGAUAGCGUAGUUGCAGCAGUCGCCAUCUGGAGGAGAUAAGAACAGAGAUAUUAUACUAUUACCGUAACCGAGUAAGUGUUCAUUGCAAUCGGGAAGAACCGUAGGCAUUCAGCGGAUCAGCGCUAAUCAGUUUAAUUAGAAAACGGCCGAAGAUAUUACCUCAAUCGUGUGUGAUUCGUCGCGCGUCUUCAGAAAUACCGAUAGAAAGUGUUUGCUUGAAGUGUAGGCGUUGAAGACCUAGAAAGAGUGCAAAUUUUAUUUGGAAGCAGCUGAAAGGGAAGAAAUAAAUCGACACAAUGUCCAAGAAGCCGACGGCGGGACCUGCGCUGCAUAAGGUCAUCAUGGUGGGCAGUGGUGGUGUCGGCAAAUCGGCACUCACGUUACAGUUUAUGUAUGAUGAGUUCGUGGAAGACUACGAACCGACCAAGGCGGACAGUUACCGGAAAAAGGUGGUUCUCGACGGCGAAGAAGUACAGAUCGAUAUCCUCGACACGGCUGGUCAGGAGGACUACGCCGCUAUACGCGACAACUACUUCCGAAGCGGUGAAGGGUUCCUGUGCGUGUUCUCAAUCACGGAGGACGACAGUUUUCAGGCGACGCAAGAAUUCCGGGAGCAGAUAUUGCGCGUGAAAAACGACGAAAAUAUCCCGUUCCUACUGGUCGGGAACAAGUGCGAUCUGAACGACAAACGGAAAGUGCCGCUGGCCGAGUGUCAGGGCCGUGCGCAGCAAUGGGGUGUGCCAUACGUCGAAACGUCGGCGAAGACGCGCGAAAACGUCGAUAAGGUGUUCUUCGAUUUGAUGCGCGAGAUUCGUUCGCGGAAAACCGAAGACUCGAAAGCACCGAACGGGCGCGCCAAGGACAAGUCGAAACGAAGGAAACUCAAGUGUACGCUGAUAUAGAAGGUGCAAGCAAUCCGUGCUGAAGCAGUGUGCUGAUCAUCAGUGAGCGGCAUGAGAAUCAUCAGCACUCACAAACAAAAACACAAACACACUUUUACACGAAAACAUACACUCACGACCAUGUGAACAAUAGAGUCACCACUGCUGGAAGAUUAUCUCCCGAUUUUAAUUAAAUAAAAAUAUUAUUUAAGUUUAAGUUGUAUCAUUACCGAGAUCGGGAAUCGAUCGAUGCAAGAAAAUAUGUUUGGAUUACCCGAAUCGAUCAAAUUUAGACCCAGAAAGAGAUAAGUUCAUUGGUUAGCAUUAAGAGGAAAGUUAUCGCAUACACGCAACUAUGCUGAAUAUUUGUUACAAUAAAAAAAAAUGCAAAAGGACGAACAAAUAAACCGGAGAUAAAUGCGUAUAAACUAGGUUAACAGAUGUACAUUUAUUUUUUGUUUUAAGCUAUUGUUCUGUUUUUUUUUCUUAUAUUCAUUAACGCACAUAAUCGUUUCCUACAAUUGCUGUUCUGUUGCGCUAAAGUAAUGGCAAAUCGCACGCUUAUUCUCAAUUGGCUGGACUUGAAACAGCUUCGCUACAUCUUCAUCUCUGUUUGGCACAACGUUACGGAUGUGUGAGCAAUCUGUGUGUACGUAUACGUCUAUUUGUCUGCUGUUGUCGUCCGCCAUAUUUGCACCUGGAGAGGCUUCUACUCGCCAUAUUGGGUUUUGUUUGAUCAUCCAUCUAUUUUUCUCCUUAUUUUCUUUCGAAAAAUCAACGUGCGAAUCAAAAAUCAUGAUCGAAAACAUUGAAACCUCAAUAGAUUUUUUACGACCUGAUACGGGACAUUUCCAAUCGCAAGAAGAAGAGCCAGGAGACGGUGCAGCAACCGAAGCGGGAGAAACGGCAUUGCUGCCAGUUACUGUAGAAACAGACGUUCAAGAUGGCGACGUUUGAGAGCGGCGACUGGGGAUUUGCGAUUCGAAUCAAUAGGAACAGUAGGGGGCUCCAAGCGCUCGUUGGCAAGUAUUGUGUUGCACCUUAAUCAUCCAUCAUAGUCGUAAUAUUAUUUUGUAGCUUAACUGGUUAUGUUUGCUUAGGGUUGGUGGCACAACAAUAUGCAAUAGGUGUGUGAACACAUGCGUGAAAAGUAGCUUCUCGCCUCGAAAAUGCUUCUAGGAUAACCAACCGUAUUGGAACUUGCUAAUAACACAGAGAAAUACAAAAAUCAUAAAAGUACCAAUGAUAAACUAUUCAAUUAAUGGAGGCAAAUAUGAUAUAUUUUGUCAAAUUGUAGCGCAAUGGUUCAAACCGAAACGUUGGGAAGAGAAUUAAAUAUCACAUGAAUGCACGUGUCAGCUCAUUGACCUCCACUUUGAAAUAUGUCUUUUAACGAUUGUGUCCUGUGCCAUCAACCUUAGCAAUAAAACAAAUUAAGGAAAAUAAGUUUUGACUUCUAUACUUUUACAUCGUUGUACAAAAUUUAUAAAGAAAAUUAUCGCUUUGCAUGCUUAAGUUUUUAUUAUGCCAUGUGAGAAACAUACCCUCACACUUUUGAAGGAAAAGUGUAACGCGGAUUCAGAAAAAAAAGAUCAAAUCGAAAAUAUACCUAACAAUAGGGGUUUCACAGCAAUCCAGCAUUAUCAUCAACAAACCGUACAUUAAAAGUCAAAUCAAACAAACAAAAAAUAAGCAACAAUACCUGGAAAUGAAAAACCGACAGAGAUAUUAUCAGGGUCAGCGCAGCUGUGUUCAAGAAGCGUUGAUAAAGCAGAGACAAAAUUAUGCAAAGGUCUGUUUUAGUUUUGAGUUUUGCUAUCAAAAUGCUAUGACGAAUAAGAAACAAUCUCUUACAAAAUAAAAAAUAAAAUAAAAAUAAAGACAGCAUUGAAUUGCAAAA